GAUAUGAGGGGUCGCAAUCUGAUCGAGGUUCGUGGACGGGCGAAAAAGGUCUGUAAGAGUGGCAGAGUCGAGGUCCGAUGGGUGUUUCACAGUACUGGCACCACAGCGCUGCUCAGGUCUGCUGUGCCUCUGUGUCCACCAGCUCCAGGUACAGCUGUCCGGAUCUGGGUUUCGGUCCAGCUCCGAGGCUUCCAGGGGCACGGCGGGGAGAACGAGGAUGGCACAGGCCCGGACCCCCAAGUGGUGCAAGGUGUGGUGUGUUGGGAUUAUUGGUGGAGCAAGUAUAUUGGACAAUCUUCCCAAGUUGCGUAUUCUCUGCUCUAGUGUGGACUAGGAGAUCGCAAAUGAAAUUGGCGUACGUGUGCCUCAGGUCGACGCUUGUAGAGAGAGAGAGAGAGAGAGAGAGAGAGAGAGAGAGAGAGAGAGAGAGGUCGAGGCACUGCAAUGCACACAGGGCCCUUUCGAUCUGGCGUGUGCCCUGUCGUGGAUCGUGGAGCUGUGCCCCGCACCUGGCGCCGGCCCUGUCCGUCGUCUGGUUUCACUCAAUGACCAGAAGGUUUCAAGGUGCUGUUGGCCAUAAACUUUCUUCUUCCCCUUUCUCUUCUCCUGAUGCUGAAUGAUGGGGACAAGGGCCGAGUGAUGAUAGGUCUAAUGCUGACGGGGAAAAAGAGGGGGGGGGGGUAGUAAGACAAGUAAAGGGAGAAAGAAGAUUGGGAGGAAGAACAGGAAACAGGACAGAGGUGAGAUCGACAGGCUGGUCCUUC